UGUCCUCAAUUUACACUUGUGUCCUAGCCUUACUACCAUGGGGUGGAGUGCAGAGUGAAUCCUCUUAACCAGGUAAUCUGUCAACCCAUCUGCUGUUACAGUCACCCAGCCCACGUCCACUCUACACCAAUAUGUUACUUCUUAGAUAAACUCUGCAACCCAGCAAAAGAGAGGAUCAUGCUGCUCUCUCCGCAGGCAGAGAGGAACUGGGAGGGUAUCUGCGAGGUGCUCGAAGACGUGCUGGACGAUCAGUCUCACAAGCAGUUAUUUGCUUUAGAGAUCGGCUCCGGAACAGGACAGCAUGUCAUACGGUUUGCACAGAAGCUACCUUUCGUUACCUGGCAGCCAUCGGACAUCAAAGAGGAGUGCCGAGACAGCAUAAAGGCAUAUAUAGCUGCAACCCAUGUGAAAACUGUGCUGCAGCCAGUCCUGCUGGAUGCGAGUGAACCUUGGGACAAAUGGGCAGGUGUUUCCCGUAACACCUGUGAUGUUAUUGUCGCCGUUAACCUCCUGCAGUACAGCUCCUUCAAAACAGCACAGGGUGUAAUCAGUGGAGCAGGACAGAUCCUCAAACCAAAUGGCCUUUUGAUAACAUAUGGGGUCUAUGCCGUUAAUGGCGUCAUUACACCAAGCUGUAAUGAAGUUCUGGAUGAAGAACUGCGGAAACUGAAUCCAGAGUGGGGUCUUCCAGACCUUGAUGUCCUGAGACAGCAGGCCUACGGAAACGGGCUGCGUUUGGAGAGAAUGGUGAGAAAUAAUGUGCUAAAAACUCUCAAUGUAUUUACAGUACAAACACCAAGAUAUAUCUGGUAACAUUUUAUUUCACGGGGUGUGCAUAACGCUGACAUGACUCUGUCAUAAACAUGACGU